CUUUGCCAAUAGCGACGCUAUUAGUCGUCAUCGACGGAAGUGCACCUGACUGAGCGGAAGUAGGAGCUCUCAGAGGCUAAGAAGGUGGAGACCGGAGAAGCUGUGAGGUUCUUUAGCGUCACCUCCCUCACUGGGCAGCAUGGGGGAGAAGUCAGAGAACUGUAGGGUUCCAGAGGAUCUGUUAAAUGGUUUGAAGGUUACAGAUACUCAGGAAGCCGAGUGUGCUGGUCCUCCAGUUCCUGAUCCCAAAAAUCAGCAUUCCCAGAGUAAGCUGCUCAGGGAUGAUGAGGCCCAUCUCCAGGAGGACCAGGGAGAAGAGGAGUGUUUUCAUGACUGCAGUGCCUCAUUUGAGGAGGAGCCAGGAGCGGACAAGGUUGAGAACAAAUCUAAUGAAGAUGUGAAUUCCUCUGAACUAGAUGAAGAAUACCUAAUAGAACUGGAAAAAAACAUGUCGGAUGAAGAGAAACAGAAAAGAAGAGAAGAGAGCACUAGACUAAAGGAGGAGGGAAAUGAACAGUUUAAGAAAGGAGAUUAUAUAGAAGCUGAAAGUUCUUAUAGUCGAGCCCUCGAAAUGUGCCCAUCCUGCUUCCAAAAGGAGAGGUCGAUCCUAUUUUCAAAUAGAGCUGCAGCAAGGAUGAAACAGGACAAGAAAGAAAUGGCCAUCAAUGACUGCAGCAAAGCAAUUCAAUUAAACCCCAGCUAUAUCAGGGCAAUAUUGAGGAGAGCAGAGUUGUAUGAGAAGACGGACAAGCUAGAUGAAGCCCUGGAAGACUAUAAAUCUAUAUUAGAAAAAGAUCCAUCAAUACAUCAAGCAAGAGAAGCUUGUAUGAGAUUACCUAAGCAAAUUGAAGAACGUAAUGAAAGACUAAAAGAAGAGAUGUUAGGUAAAUUAAAAGAUCUUGGGAACUUGGUUCUCCGACCUUUUGGGCUCUCCACGGAAAAUUUCCAGAUCAAACAGGAUUCCUCUACCGGCUCGUACUCCAUCAAUUUCGUUCAAAAUCCAAAUAAUAACAGAUAACAAAGAUAACAAUAGCUUUACAAGCUGACUUGGAAUUGUGUGCUGCUUGCUGUUAGCUAGGGGAAAGGCCCUGCCAAUGUUUAACUUUUAAAAGCAUCUUAUCUAAAAGAAAGGCUAUCCACUAGAGCCCAGUGCUCCCUUUUCCCUCUUUUAUGAUCAGGGUGAAAUGUACUUCCUGAUGUAAUGAACCUAAUUUGAUUUCCAUUUUAAGGUGGUGUCUGUGCAGCUGGUGUCCCCAGUUCUGGCUGUCCUAUGUCCAGGAAGAAGCCCAUUUGUCGAGGCUGACAUUCCUGAUCAUACACACAGACAGCCCAGCAAAAGCCUCUCCUGAACCAAACAAACCUGUUGGUUGGGAGACUGCCCAGACAUGAUUGAUGACGGGUUCCCGCCUGCCUGUCCCCUCCCUGAUCACACAGCUAACAAGGCUGCCUCCAGCAUUUCCUGAUUUCCUCUGUGGUAAUAAAAGCUUUCUGUGCUUA